AAACCAGUUGUCACAGGUGUAGGUCCAAAAAAAGGGGCAGGGCUAAAUACGCACAGUUCCAGUUCCAUUGCAAUAAAAGCUCUCGUGUGAGAAUUGGUGUGUGCGAGCCAAAAAUGUCUGUCAAAUUGUUUAGCCGCGAAGAAGUGUCUACGAAAAAUGAUGCCAAAAAUACCUGGCUUAUUAUCGACAACUCUGUGUACGACGUCACCAGUUUUUUGAACGAGCACCCUGGAGGAGAGGAGGUACUUUUGGAACAGGCUGGUCGGGAUGGAACUGAGUCGUUUGAGGACGUUGGUCACUCUUCUGACGCUCGUGAGCUGAUGAAACAGUACAAAAUCGGAGAACUCGUCGAAGAAGACAGGAAGCAACAGCCAUCAAAAGAAAAUCGCUCAUGGGAUUCUGAAGAUGGAAGUGGCAGCUCUUUCCGAUCGUGGUUGAUUCCUGUGACUUUGGGAAUCAUAGCGACAAUCAUCUAUCGUUUCUUCCUCGGAAAGUAAAGCCCUGCUACCUCAACAGCCAGUUAUUCUCUGAUAAAUGAAAAAUAUCUACGCUGUACUAUGUCCACAAUUGUGCUAAACUCAGUUUUUAGUUAAUUGGCCACUUGCUGCAUUUAACUUGUUAAUAUAUCAACAACUUCCAGCACAAUUGUUGUAUACCUUAUGUAGGCAAUGUUUGUAUUUUGUUCAAAACGGUGAUUUUUCAUUCAAAACGGUUUAUUACCAUUAUGUCUUGUAUAUUUCAAAAUUGGGAGUCCCAAACGGAAUUAGGUUGUGAUAAUUUUGAAAACGAAUAAUAUUGAAAAUCAAUAGCAUGUUAUGAUGGAGCCAUUCCUUGUAUUUUCAAAUAAAUGGUAAAUUUUUAAAA